AUGUCCAGAGCAGCGAAGACCACGAUGGCGGUGGCAACGGCAGCAACAGCAGCGGCGACGAUGAUGACGAAGAAAACUUCUCUUUAUGUCACUCAGAAUCUGCUGGCAGCUCUGUUGAGUGAGAUAUGUUUCAUACGGAACAUCUUCUCGGAAAAUGCCUUCACACUGAAGAAGUUCGGCGCGACGAAUUUUCAUGCCUUGAUCAAGCACGCGGACAAGAUAUUAUAUUGGCUAGAAGAAGGAAUUUCAUGUGUCUUCACAGCAUUGAAACAAAAUCAUUUGAAGAUGCUUGUCUUCGGCAUUUACACUGAAAAGGAUCAGAACUGCUUGGUGGAGGCGUGGUAUUUCAAGAUUGACGCAAACGGGAGCUUGAAUAUUGAGAGAGGAAACAGUAAAGAAAAGAACCAUGUGCAGAAUUUCAUAGGAUAUACUCAGAAAGAGGUGAAGCAACUCAGCUCACAGGAGAGAUGCAUCACAAUGCGACUUUACUUCGACCCCAAGAAUGUGGGUUACAAGAAAGUCACAUAUCUCAUGCAUCUCAAAAGUUGGCAGCCACCUCCACAAGACUUUGAUAUCCCCGGAUUCCAAGACUCGAAGACUGAUGACUGCAUCAUGUACACCUCGCCUCCUGAAAAUUACCUGCUUGGAAAAUCAUCUACGCCAUAUCAUUCCGUCGAAUUACGAGUGAAGACAACAGUAGAGGAGCCUGAAGAAUUGACGCAGAACACUGAAAAUUACAUUGACAAUGACUUCGAUGCUAUGUGGGAAGACAGCGACAACGAAGAUAAUGCUGAGGAAAACGAUGUUCAAGUACCACUCACACAGAUGGACUUGAAUGAGAACCGCAUUCAAAAUAACCUCCAAGUUUCCACGCCUGCAAGCACUGACCAGGUCAAGACGCCCGAGUAUCGAUCUCCAAACUUGUUCAAUGUUGAAGAGCAAGAGGAGCACGACGAGCUCGACGAUAUCGCUACGAACCUUCAGAAUCUCUCAGUCACUCGAUUAGAGCCCAAGAGCGGUCCACAGAGUCGACCCAAGAAGCGGAGGUGCAGUAGACCCAAGUUCACUCGCAAGAAAUCGACGAAGAAAGGUGCCAAGCCCAAGCCUCUGUUUUGA